AUGAGUGAGCAGAAUAUUGAUAUAGAUUUUCUCAUAUCCUUGGUCCAAGAAAGACCCAUUAUAUGGGAUAAAUCACACGAACAUUACAGUGAUAAAUUUCGUAAAGCGAAUGAAUGGGUAGCUGUUUGUAAAAAAGUAUUUCAAGAUUACGACGAGUUUGAGGACCAAAAAAAGAACAAGAUUGGUCCUUCUCGCUACGUGCCUGCAAGCCGUAAGAGAUCAAACCAAGCAAUAGAUGAUUUCGAGGCGCAAGCUUUAGAAGCGUUGCAAGAGAAAGAAAACCGCCACUUAUCAUUUUUCAAAGGAAUUUUGCCUUCUUUGGACAGCUUUACGGAAUUACAAACUUUGACGUUCCAAAGCAAAGUUAUAAAUAUCAUUACCGAAAUUCGGUUCGGGGAACAGACUCAAUCAACAACAUUUCAAUCACGCGGAUAUCAAACUGGACAACAGUAUCAAGCAACACCAUUGCAGUCACGCGGAUAUCAAACUGGACAACAUGCCCAGUCACCAUCGCCAUCGUCGUAUCGAACAGACGAAUUCGAAGCUACCUAUUCAACCAACACUACGAUUAAUAAUUUUACUGAUGAUAGUCAAGAAGAAGAUUAUAACUUUGCUUUGUUGUCUAAUAGUAACACUUAA